CGCGCAGCACUUGGGGCUCCCGCGCCGCCGCUCGCUCACCUGCGCCUGCUGCCCGCCCCUCGGUGCGCGCCGGGGCCUCCGCCGCCCAGUACCCAGCCCGGCGCCGCGACCCGGCGCCCCGCCCGCCACCAUGAACUCGCUCUUCAGGAAGAGAAACAAAGGCAAAUACAGCCCCACGGUUCGGACCCACAGCAUCUCUAACAAGGAGCUGUCGGAGCUGAUCGAUCAGCUGCAGAAGAAUGCCGACCAGGUGGAGAGGAACAUCGUGGACACAGAGGCCAAGAUGCAGAGCGACCUGGCCCGGCUGCAGGAGGGCCGGCAGCCCGAGCACCAGGACGUGGCCCUGCAGAAGGUGUCGGACUCGGAGAAGCUGCUGUAUGUGCUGGAGGCGGAUUCGGCCAUCGCCAAGCACAUGAAGCACCCCCAGGGGGACAUGAUCGCCGAGGACAUCCGUCAGCUGAAGGAGCGUGUAACCAACCUCCGCGGGAAACACAAGCAGAUCUACAACCUGGCUGUGAAGGAAGUGAACCCACAGAUCAACUGGGAGGCCCUGGUGGAGGAAAAGCUGGACAAGCUGAGUAGCCAGAGCUUCGGGACAGACCUGCCUCUGGUGGACCACCAGGUGGAGCAGCACAACAUUUUCCACAAUGAGGUCAAGGCCAUCGGGCCCCACCUGGCCAAGGAAGGGGGCAAGGAACAGGACGGUGAACUCCAGGCCAAGUACCAGAAACUGCUGGCAGCAUCACAGGCACGGCAGCAGCAGCUGAGCUCGCUGAAGGACUACAUGCAGCGCUGCACCAACGAGUUGUACUGGCUGGACCAGCAGGCCCAGAGCCGCAUGCAGUACGACUGGAGUGACCGCAACCUCGACUACCCCAGCCGCCGGCGCCAGUAUGAGAAUUUCAUCAACCGGAACCUGGAGGCCAAAGAGGAGAGAAUUAACAAGCUGCACAGUGAGGGUGACCAGCUGCUUGCCGCCGAGCACCCCGGAAGGAACUCCAUUGAGGCUCACAUGGAGGCUGUGCACGCAGAUUGGAAGGAGUACCUGAACCUGCUCAUCUGUGAGGAGAGCCACCUGAAGUACAUGGAAGACUACCACCAGUUCCACAAAGACAUGAAGGAUGCCCAGGAGCUGCUGUGCAAGGUGGACUUGGACCUGAAUCAGAAAUACAGCCCUGACUUCAAAGACCGAUACCAGAUUGAAUUGCUGCUGCGGGAGCUGGACGACCAGGAGAAGGCUCUGGACAAGUACGAGCACGUGGUGCAGGGCCUGCAGAAGCGAGGGCAACAGGUGGUGCCCCUCAAGUACCGCCGGGAGAUGCCACUCAAGCCCAUCCCCGUGGAGGCUCUCUGUGACUUUGAGAGUGACCAGGGCCUGAUCUCUCGGGGCUACAGCUACACCCUGCAGAGGAACAAUGGGGAGAGCUGGGACCUCACGGACAGCUCGGGGAAUGAGCUGACUGCCCCUGCCAUCUGCUUCAUGAUUCCCCCCACUGACCCCGAGGCCCUGGCUCUGGCUGACAGCCUGAGCAGCCAGUACCAGAGCCUGCGGCAGAAGGCAGCUGGGAGCAGGAAGGCACUCCAGCAGCGGCAUGAGGUGCUGAAGGCAGAGAACUCUGGAGAUGCCUCUGACCUGCAGGGCCGGCAGCUGCUGGCUGGCUUGGACAAGGUGACCAGCGACCUGGACCGGCAGGAGAAGGCCAUCACAGGGAUCCUGCGGCCGCCACUGGAGCAGGGCCGGGCCGUGCAGGACAGUGCCGAGCGGGCCAAGGACCUCAAGAACAUCACCAACGAGCUGCUGCGGAUCGAGCCCGAGAAGGCGCGCAGCACGGCCGAGGGCAAGGCAUUCGUGCAGGCCCUCCCAGGCAGCGGCAGCGCAGCCCUGCUGAGGACGCGGGUGGAGGACACCCAGUGCAGAUACGAGCGCCUGGUGCAGCUGCUGGACGCGGCCCAGGAGAAGGUCGACAUUGCCAACCGCCUGGAGAAGAGCCUGCAGCAGGGCCGGGAGGUGCUGGCCAUGUACGAGAACCAACUGGCCCAGGAGGACACAGUGCCCGAGAGUGGCCACGCCCUGGACAGCAAGAGGCAGGAGCUGGCGGCCAUGGCCUCCGAGCUGCAGGCCCGGAAGGCCCUCCUCAGCGAGGUGGAGCAGAACCUACAGGCAGCCAAGCAGUGCUCUGGCUCGCUGGCCAGCCGCUUCCAGGAGCACUGCCCAGACCUGGAGCGCCAGGAGGCCGAGGUGCACAAGCUGCGCCAGCGCUUCGACAACCUCUGCCAGCAGGUGGAGCUCAGGACCCAGAACCUGCAGAGUGCCCGGGCUGCUUACAACGCCUUCUGCAGUGGCCGUGACUGCCUGCUGCAGUUCCUGUCCCACAUCCCCAGCUACGAGCCCCAGGAGACAGAUGGCCUCGGCCAGAUGGAGACCAAGCUGAACAACCAGAAGGUGAGACAGCCGCUUCCAGGUUCACAGGUGCACGGUCGCAAGGAGGGGUUGGAGAACCUGCUAGAUGAAAUAGCAAGAAGGGAAGAGGAAGUACAAAAAGUCUAUGCCCACUCCCAGCAGUACCAGCAAUCUGUCAAGGACUACGAGUUGGAAGCAGAGAAACUCAGGUCCUUCCUUGACUUGGAGAAUGGAAGGAACAGCCACGUGAGCAAGAGGGCCAGGCUCCACUCCCCGGCCGCCAAAGUGAGGGAAGAGGAAGCGGCUCUUGCUGCCAAGUUCACGGAAGUUAAUGCCAUCAACAGACAGAGGCUGCAGAAUCUGGAGUUUGCUCUGAAUCUCCUGAGACAGCAGCCCGAGGCAGGCGUGAGCCACAAGGCCCUGCCCAGGAGCAAGCCGGGCUCCGGAGGGGACGAGACAUGGAAGAUGCAGAAGGAGCUGGAUGAGGAGACAGAGCGGAGGCAGCAGCUGGAGAACGAGGUCAGGAGCGCCCAGGAGGAGAUCCGGACUCUGCAGAAGCAGAGCCCGCACGAAGCAGUGGUGAGGAAGGAGGUGCUCAAGAAGGUGCCGGACCCUGCGCUGGAGGAGAGCUUCCAGCAGACGCAGCGGACCCUGGCGGAGGAGCAGCGCAAGAACCAGCUGCUGCAGGAGGAGCUGGAGGCUCUGCAACUGCGGCUGCACACCCUGGAGCAGGAGGCCAGGGACGGGGGGCAGGAGUACAUUGUCAAGGAGGUCCUGCGCAUCGAGCAGGACCGAGCCCAGGCCGAUGAGGUCCUGAGGCUGCGGGAGGAGCUGGAGGAGCUGCGGAGGCAGAAGGGCACCCGGGAGGCGGAGGCGCUCCUCCUGCAGCAGCGCAUUGCAGCCCUGGCCGAGGAGAAGAACCGGGCGCGGGAGAAGGUCACUGAGAAGGAGGUGGUGAAACUGCAGAAUGACCCCCAGCUGGAGGCAGAGUUCCAGCAGCUGCAGGAGGACCAGCAGCGGGAGCACCAGCUCAGGAAGAAGCAGGAGGAAGAGCUGAGCUUCCUCCAGGACAAGCUGAAGAGACUGGAGAAGGAACGGGCCAUGGCCGAGGGCAAGAUCACUGUCAAGGAGGUGCUCAAGGUGGAAAAGGAUGUGGCAACCGAAAGGGAGGUGGGCGACCUCAAACGCCAGUACGAGGAUGAGGCCGCCAAAGCUCGUGCCAACCAGAGGGAAAAAACAGAGCUGCUCCGAAAGAUCUGGGCCUUGGAGGAGGAAAACGCCAAAGUGGUUGUGCAGGAGAAAGUGCGGGAGAUCGUCCGGCCGGACCCCAAGGCAGAGAGUGAGGUGGCCAACCUCCGCCUGGAGCUGGUUGAGCAGGAGCGCAAGUACCGGGGGGCCGAGGAGCAGCUGAAGAGCUACCAGAGCGAGCUGGAGGCGCUCCGGAGGCGGGGCCCCCAGGUGGAGGUCAAGGAAGUGACCAAGGAGGUCAUCAAGUACAAGACUGACCCUGAGAUGGAGAAAGAGCUUCAGAGGCUCAGGGAGGAGAUCAUCGACAAGACCAGGCUCAUCGAAAGGUGUGACUUGGAGAUCUACCAGCUGAAGCAGGAGAUCCAGUCCCUGAAAGAGGCCAAACCCCAGGUGCAGACCAAGGAGGUCGUCCAGGAGAUCCUGCAGUUCCAGGAAGACCCCCAGACCAAAGAGGAAGUGGAGUCUCUGAGGGCCCGGCUAUCAGAGGAACAGAAGAAGCAAGUGGAUCUGGAAAGGGAGAGGGCGUCCCAGGAGGAGAAAAUCAAACAGAAGGAGGAGGAGCUUUCCCAGGUGAAGGAGAAGGUGGUCCAGCAGGAGGUCAUUAGGUACGAGGAGGAGCCGGGCAUGCGGGCCGAGUUGAAUGCCUUCACCGAGAGCAUCGACGCGGAGCUGCGGCAGAUCGACGGCCUCCGUGGGGAGCUGCGGCGGCUGCAGCGCAGGCGAGCGGAGCUGGAGCGCCAGCUGGAGGAGCUGGAGCGCGAGCGGCAGGCGCGUAGGGAGGCAGAGCUGGAGGUGCAGCGCCUGAAGCAGCGGCUGGCCCAGCUGGAGGAGGAGGCGGGGGAGGCCCGGGAGAAGGUGACUCUCAAGCAGAAGGUGGUGCUGCAGCAGGACCCCCAGCAGGCCCGGGAGCACGCCCUGCUGGCACUGCAGCUGGAGGAAGAGCGGCACCGGCGCCAGGUCUUGGAGCGCGAGCUCGAGACCCUGAAGAAGAAGCUGGAGCACCUGGAGAAGAUGGAGGUCAAGGAGAAGGUGGUCUUCUCUGAGAGCGUCCAGGUGGAGAGAGGCGACACGGAGCAGGAGAUUCAGAAGCUCAAGAGCAGCCUGGAGGCAGAGAGCCGGAGCAAGAGGGAGCUGGACGUGGAGGUGAGCCGGCUGGAGGCCAAGCUGUCGGAGCUGGAGUUCUGUAACUCCAAGUCGUCCAAGGAGCUGGACUUCCUGAGGGAAGAGAACCACAAACUGCAGCUGGAGCGGCAGAGCCUGCAGCUGGAGGCCCGCAGGCUCCAGUCGGAAAUCGAGAUGGCAGUGGCGGAGACACAGGGCCUGAGGGGCGUGCCGGCAGCGGCGGCCGCGGGGGCGCAGCUCGACUCCCGCCUGCAGUCCCUGGAGCGGGAGCUGGACGACCUCAGACGGCUCUCCAGAGACAAAGACCUGGAGAUCGAUGAGCUGCAGCGGCGCCUGGGCUCCGUGGCCGUCAAGAGGGAGCAGAGGGAGAACCACCUGCGGCGCUCCAUUGUGGUUAUCGACCCGGACUCGGGCCGCGAGCUGUCCCCGGAGGAAGCCCACCGGGCCGGCCUCAUUGACUGGAACAUGUUUGUGAAACUCAGGAGCCAGGAGUGCGACUGGGAGGAAAUCUCCGUCAAGGGUCCCAACGGGGAGUCCUCCGUGAUCCACGACAGGAAGUCUGGCAAGAAGUUCUCCAUUGAAGAGGCCCUGCAGAACGGAAGGCUGACCCCUGCCCAGUACAACCGCUACGUCAACAAGGAUAUGUCUAUCCAGGAGCUGGCCGUCCUGGUGUCCGGGCAGAAGUAGGCGCAGCCCCGUUCUCACCUCCCUGGAAGCAGACACUGGCUCUCUCCUGCCCAGUGCCCUCCUUGGUGUAUUUUUUCCCUGGCCCCGUGCAGCUCCUAAUCUAUGCAGAGGCCCAUGUGUGUCCCAGCCCAGCCGUUGGGCUGUUCAGAGCACAGUUCACCCACAAGUGGGAUGGGCACCUGCCGAACCGUCAUCCAGCCUGGUGAGUGACCUGCUUCAUCUCCUGAUGAUUCAAACCCGCAGUGCCCUUCUUCUUUCUCCCGUUUCCCACACAUUCCCAUCAACAGACGCCUCGUGUGAUAUCUGAAAGCAACUGAAAACUACUAAAGCACACGACGACCAACAACCAGGGCGGACAAGCCCACUCCAUGCAGCACCGGCCUCCACACCCCAGCUGGGGAAAUUCCAGGGCAGAAAGGCAUCCCUUCAACAAAGCACCGGGCCCUCAGGCCUGCGACCUGCAUUCACACCCCUCGGGAUCCUGGCUCAACCGACUCUUCGUCAGAGGCCUCCUGGGAAGGCAGAUCUAGGCUCUAGGCCAGAAAAGGCGGAAAGCAACCAGAGCUGCAUCUGAUACUGGUGCUUGAGUGAAGCUUAACUGCCAAGCCAGACUGUCCCAAGAAAACGCACCAUCAGGGAGUGUUUCAUGUUCUGAAAUUAAAGUACUUGCCUUAGAUUCAGUGCCUAGUCCCGCUUAUUAUCUCACUGCCAUUUUCACAGUUGAUUUUCUACCAAACGAAUUUUGGGUUCUCUGUAUCUCAUGUAUUAUGUAAGAAAAUGGGGAGUAAUAGGGAACUCUAUUUAUAGUGCAAAAAUAAACACCUGGUGGCUUGAUUCUAAUUU